UAUGACGAGGAGGUACGUACGUAAAAUUAAUAAUUGUCCUUCGAUUAUUUUAAACUAAUCGUAAAAAUUUUGCUUUCCUCUUGAGCUUUUGUAUGUUUGCUCUUGAUUAGGUAAAGUCUUUUAUUAUUACGCGACUAAGUAGAGAGUAGACCAGGUCGUUCGAGAGAAAGCGGUUGACCUUGAUCUUGAUGAGGGGCAAAAAUAUAAAAGCACAUGAAGAAAUAUAUAUGAGCUUAGGUAAGCAAGCUUACGCACAGGCUUUGACGACAUCAGUUUCUAGAAAAUGCCUACCUCAGAUUUUCUUUUGACUUCUGUACCAAGUUUCCGUAUUCAUCAGUAUCGCUUUCAGAUUCUUGUGACCGCUUCUUUGGAAUGUGUUAUCCAUACAGUCAUGAUUCAGCUUCCUUGUGAUAAGAUUCUCUAGUCUCUAAUUCUAUAUAUUCUCUGGGAGUUGAAUAGCUUGUUGUCUCAUCAACUACCUUGUUAAAUCAAAUCUCUAUCACUUUGUUCUGCAAAAAAUAUUCCGUUUUCUCUUUGUUUCUUUUGUAUGGACUAGAGUCACACUAAAGAUUUUAUGGCAACUGGCAUGAGGGAGACGCUGGUGGAUGAGAAGAUCUAUGUCGCAGUGAGAGAGAGAGAACUAAAGAGCAAGACUGCACUCGUUUGGGCGAUACAGAACAGUGGAUGCAAAGAGUUUUGUAUUGUCCAUGUUCAUCAACCGAUCUCAGUCCCGGGAGCCAUGUCCCACUACCAGAAAUUGAGGCUUCAUCAAAAAAAGAAAGAGAAAGCACAUAAGAAUUUGGACAAGUACCUUCAUAUAUGCAAGCAAAUGCAGGUCACUGCAGAGAUAAUAUAUAUUGAAAAGGAUUCGGUAGAGGAAGGUAUCCUCCAAUUGAUAUCACAGCGCGGAGUUAGGAAACUCGUCAUGGGAGCAGCAGCUGAUAAACACUAUUCAAUGAAUAUGAGAGACUUACAGUCCAAGAAAGCUAUAUACAUUCACAGAGAAGCGCCUGCUACUUGUCAGAUAUGGUUUACCUGCAAUGGAUAUCUAAUAGAUUCAAGGUCUGUCCAAUUUUAUGUCUAUUUCUUAAUCUUAUUUUGUGUCAACUGCAAAUUGACAUUAGUCACUGUUUAGGAAUGGUCUUUGGGUUCUGCUUGUGAGACAAGAUCUUUGUCUCACAAGUCACACUACACACAAGUGUUUUUUUUUUUCUUUUGGUAUUUAAUUAAUGCAGGGAAGCUAGAAGAAGAGAUAACUUGUAUCUAGAAGGUGCAUCUUCAAGUUCUUUGAGCCAAUCUGAGAUAACUACUAGAGGAACUGAAAGUGUUCC